AUGGUCUUCAAACGUAUGGUACAAAUUGGUCGCGUUGUUUUCAUCGCAAAAGGGAAAGAUGCCGGCAAAAUCGCCACCAUUGUCGAUGUUGUUGAUGGAAACAGGGUUCUGAUUGAUGGCCCCAGCACUGGAGUUAUUCGUUGCGUUCGAAACCUGAAAGAUCUGCAGCUGACGAAAUUUGUUGUUAAUGUUCGUGUCGGACAAAGAACGAAGAAAGUCAAAGAGGCAUUUGAUAGCCCCAAAAUCAGUGAUCAGUUCAAGCAA